AUGGGCCGGGCCGGAUGGGAUGGGAUGGGAUGGGCCGGGCUGGACCGCGACAGACAUGGACUUGUAAUCCAACGUGCUACCUAUUUCCAUUCACCUCAAUUUUGGGAAGGAUGGAAAGAUAUUAGCACACUUUGUUUCUGGAAGAAUCUUUUUGUAUUUGUCCAUCUCAUUUUUAUCAGUUGUUUCUUCCUGCAACUCUUAUGGAAGAUACUUAGCAAAUCAUGCAGAAUGAGAUCCAGGACCAAUGUUGAAGAGAUGCAAAAUUGCACUACUGAUCAGAACAAUCUUAAUUGUAUACGCUUGAGUUUCUCAUACCAAGCUGCCAAAGUUUGUUGCUUACUGUUACUGGUCACCAACUUGUUUGGACUUGUUUUCUUGCUGCUAAAAGGAAGUCAAGGCAACUGCAAGUACAUUACGUCAGUUCUAACCGAGACAACACAGUUGAUAUCCUGGAUAAUUUUGCUUGUUAUCACACUGAAUCUCCCACAAACUCGAUCUGAAAAACUUUCUUGGGUUAUAAGAACAUGGUUGAUAAGCAGCACCCUGCAGUCAGCUACCUUUACUGUUAUUGACAUACAGUCCAUUCUUCAAGAGAAGUCAUUCUUAAGAAUAGAACAAUAUACCGAUAUAAUUAGUCUCUUUCCCUGCAUAUUACUGUUUGUCAUUGCAGUCAGAGGCACAACAGGGAUCAGCAGUGACUCAGGCAGUCUCAGGGAACCACUAUUGCAAGUGCAAACAUCAAAGGCGAAGCAUGUUGAAAGCCAGAGGAGCUCUUUGUAUGGAAGUGCAAAUCUUUUACAACUUAUGACCUUCUCAUGGCUUAAUCCGCUAUUUGCUACUGGGAGAAGGAAGCCUCUGGAGCAGAAUGAAGUACCAGAUGUUGAUAAAAACAGUUCUGCUGAGUUUGUGUCCCACUCGUUUGAUAGCUGCCUGAAUAAUGUCAAAGAAAGAUAUGGCUUGAGAACUUCAUCUAUCUACAGAGCAAUCUUUAUAUUCAUUAGGAAAAAGGCAGCGAUCAAUGCAACCUUUGCAGUUGUAGCAGCAGGGGCCUCUUAUGUUGGACCUUCAUUGAUUGUCAACUUUAUUAAGUUCUUAGGAGGAGAGAGGCAGCAUGGGUUGAGAAGUGGUUAUGUACUUGUACUUACAUUCCUAGGUGCCAAAGUUGUGGAGUCUGUGUGCCAGAGACAAUGGAAUUUUGGAGCCCAACAGCUUGCAAUGCAUGUAAGAGCUGCUCUAAUAUCCCAUAUAUAUAAAAAGGGUCUUGAAUUAUCAAGUGAGUCUCGGCAGAGCCAUACAAGUGGGGAGAUUAUCAACUACAUUAGUGUGGAUAUCCAAAGGAUCACAGACCUCAUGUGGCAUUCAAAUAUCAUAUGGAUGCUUCCAGUUCAGAUUUCACUAGCAAUAUAUGUUCUUCAUAAGAAUCUGGGAGUGGGAUCUUUUGCUGGAUUAGCAGCAACAACAAUGGUAAUGGCAUGCAAUAUUCCUAUAACAAGAGCACAAAAAAGAUUCCAGAGCAGCAUCAUGAAAGCUAAAGAUGAACGAAUGAAAGCAACCUCAGAAGUCCUCCGAAACAUGAAAAUUUUGAAACUACAAGCUUGGGACAUACAAUACCUUCACAAGUUAGAAGCCUUGAGAAACACAGAGUACAACUGGCUGUGGAGGUCUGAAAGAGUACAACUAAUUUCAUCUUUCAUAUUCUGGGGAGCACCUAUGUUCAUAUCAGCAGCAACAUUUGGAACAUGCAUACUAAUAGGAAUUCCUCUGACAACAGGAAGAGUUUUGUCUGCAUUGGCAACAUUCAGAAUGCUGCAAGAGCCCAUCUUUACCAUCCCUGAUUUGCUUUCAGUACUUGCACAAGGAAAAGUUUCAGCUGACAGAAUAGCAAAGUACCUCCAAGAAGACGAAAUGAAAUCUGAUGUGGUUGAAAUUGUUCCAAGAACAGAAACAGAGAUUGAUGUUGAGAUCGAUCAUGGAAUAUUUUGCUGGAACAAAGACUCCGUAUACCCCACACUUGAAAAUAUUCAGUUGAAGGUGCAUAGGGGAAUGAAGGUGGCUAUUUGUGGUACUGUUGGUUCUGGAAAGUCUAGUUUACUGUCUUGCAUCCUUGGAGAACUACCAAAGAUGGGAGGAAAGGUGAAAAUUAGUGGCAGCAAAGCAUAUGUUUCUCAAUCCCCAUGGAUAAUAUCAGGAAAUGUUAGAGAAAAUAUUAUCUUUGGAAAUCCUUUUGACAGCGAAAAGUAUGAAAAGACAGUUGAGGUUUGUGCAUUGAAAAAGGAUUUUGAGCUCUUCCCUAAUGGGGACCUGACAGAGAUUGGAGAGAGGGGUAUAAAUAUGAGUGGAGGACAGAAGCAGAGGAUCCAAAUAGCUAGAGCAGUCUACCAGGAUGCCGACAUAUACCUUCUUGAUGACCCUUUCAGUGCUUUGGAUGCUCAUACUGGCACUCAACUAUUCAAGGAUUGUGUAAUGGGUACUCUUAGAGACAAAACCAUACUUUAUGUUACACAUCAAGUUGAAUUUCUUCCAGUAGCAGACCUUAUCCUGGUGAUGCAGAAUGGAAGAAUUGAUCAGGCUGGAGCUUUUGAUGAGCUUCUAAGGCAAAACACAGGAUUUGAGGUGUUAGUUGGAGCUCAUAGUGAUGCUCUUGAAUUAAUACUCAAUACAGAAGCCUCAAGCAAAUUGCCACGUGAUGCAGAGAUAAAUUUACUACAGGCAUCAAGCAGUCCUGAUUCUAUUGAAGAGAAAAAAUCAAGUAGUUCAUUUCAAAUCAUUGAUAAGCAAGAGUCUAAACAUGAUCUUUGUCAAGAUAUGGAUAAUAGAGGGAGGCUAAUACAAGAUGAGGAGAGAGAGGAAGGAAGUGUUUCCAAAGAUGUUUAUUGGGCAUACCUGACUGCGGUACAAGGAGGAGCCAUGGUUCCCAUAAUAGUCUUAGCACAUUCAAUUUUCCAGAUAUUGCAAGUAGCAAGCAACUAUUGGAUGGCAUGGGCUUCCCCUUCAUCUGCAACCACAGAAUCUGCAGUGGGGCUCAAGUUUCUCUUUCUGGUGUAUGUGCUUCUUUCAGUUGGAUGUUCACUGUGUUCGUUGAUCCGAGCAACAAUACUUAUAAAAGUUGGCCUUUUGACAUCUCAAAAAUUUUUCCAAAAGAUGCUCCACUCUGUUCUCCGUGCUCCAAUGUCCUUCUUUGAUUCAACGCCUUCUGGGAGGAUCUUAAACAGGGCCUCGACAGAUCAAAGUGUGCUUGACUUAGAAUUAGCAGCAAGGUUGGCGUGGUGUGCAUUUUCAGUUAUACAGAUCCUAGGGACCAUUGCAGUUAUGUCACAGGUUGCUUGGCCAACUUUUGCAAUACUCAUUCCAGUAUCAGCAAUCUGUAUAUGGUAUCAACAAUACUACAUACCGACCGCAAGAGAAUUGGCUCGGUUGUCAGAAAUUCAAAGAUCUCCAAUCCUUCAUCAUUUUGCAGAAUCAUUCUCUGGUGCUACAACUAUUAGAGCAUUCGGGCAGAAGGACCGUUUCAGCAAUACAAACCUUGAUCUCAUAGAUAAUUACUCAAGGCCAUGGUUUCACGAUUUUUCUGCAGUAGAAUGGUUCUCAUUCAGGCUGGAUUUGUUAUCCAACUUUGUGUUUGCUUUCUCACUGAUUUUGCUUGUGAACCUGCCAGAAGGAUUUUUCAGUCCAAGCAUUGCAGGGCUUGCAGUGACCUAUGGAUUAAAUCUCAAUUCACAACUUGCGACUAUCAUCUGGUUUAUAUGCAACAUAGAAACUACAAUGAUCUCAGUUGAGAGAAUACUACAAUACUCAAGGAUUCCAAGUGAAGCUCCUGUACUUAUUGAAGGUUGUCGACCACCAACCAAUUGGCCACAAGUUGGUACUAUAUGCUUCAAGAAUUUGGAGGUCAGAUAUGCUGAACAUCUGCCAUCUGUCUUGAAAAAUAUAACGUGCACAGUUCCAGGAAGAAAACAAGUUGGUAUUGUAGGACGAACUGGCAGCGGCAAAUCGACUUUGAUACAGGCUCUUUUCCGUAUUGUUGAACCACGAGAAGGAACCAUUCAAAUUGAUGAUGUUGAUAUCUGCAAGAUAGGUCUCCAUGACUUGCGUUCCAAACUAAGCAUCAUACCACAAGACCCAAUAUUGUUUGAGGGAACAGUGAGGGGAAACCUUGAUCCAUUGGAGGAAUACUCAGAUAGCAGGAUAUGGGAGGUACUAGACAAGUGUCAGCUUGGUGAUCUGAUGCGACAAGAUAGCAAGAAGUUGGAUUCAACAGUUACUGAAAAUGGAGAAAACUGGAGUGUUGGACAGAGGCAACUAUUCUGUCUAGGAAGAGCACUGUUGAAGAGAAGUAACAUUCUUGUUCUGGACGAAGCAACAGCCUCAAUUGAUUCUGCUACAGAUGCAAUAAUCCAAGCAACAAUACGUCACGAAUUCAGAGACUGCACAAUACUCAUCAUAGCUCACAGGAUUCACACGGUUAUAGAUAGCGAUCUCAUUCUUGUUCUUAGUGAAGGAAGCAUUGUUGAGUAUGACAAACCAUCCAAGUUACUGGAACGAGAAGAUUCAUCAUUUUCUAAGCUUAUAAAGGAAUAUUCAACGAGAUCACAGAGCAUUCACAAUCCAACACAUACUGCAACUAAGACAUCAUAA